AUGACGAAUGAGAGGAUCAUAGGAGAUGUUGCUAAGAGCAACAAAGAAAAGGAGACUAGCGUAUUCAGCCACACCGCCGGCCAAUCACUGCGACCUGCGACCUCCCUCGCCGAUGGCCGCGAUUCUUCCUCUGGCAACUGCUUCACUCGCUUUUUUCCCUCCCAUCUCAACCACCUCAUCGAGCUCGGCACUACCGGGUGUCGCAUUAGCGCUAUUGAACCGCGAAUCUUUCACCCGUCGCCUGCUCAAUCGGUUCUUGGUCCCUAG